CAUGUGUCCUCUAACUACCGAAUCGGAACACUCGAUUAUCCCUUGAAAUGUGACAAUUAUAGCAUUAUCCGUUACAAUCUCCUCCAAAGUGCAUUGUUGUACACAAAAAAAAAUGAUAAGAAAUAUUGUGACUGCCGAAGAACGCCAACUAGUUUAGAGAUCGUAUGCAUUACCGUAAUCGAAGCGAGGUAUUCCGAAUGCUACUGACCGGCAACGUUCAGCACUCCUAAACCCAACACUUACAUAAAACACUUUAUUUACUAUGCAUUAUAGCUAAUAAUUGACCAGAGAAACAGCCAUUUGGCCGUUCAGCGGAAGAACCAGGUCUAGUAAUAAGUAACACGUUCCAGUUGGAUGAAGGUGCAAUCAUGACAAAGAAAAUUCAAAGAGGACGUGUUGAGAUAUUCAGAAGUUGUGAAAAAAAUGUUACGGAAUGCAUAGGAGAAGAUAAAGCUAUUGGCCUCAUCCAUAAGGAGUUAAUAAAAAAUAAUUGCCCCAUGAAAGAAAAGUACCAGAUAGUAGAGACAAUAUGUGGCAACUUAAAUCCAAACAAAUCAUCGCGUUCGAAAGGGGUCUUUGUCAACUAUGAAGACAUAAAGGAACAAAAGAAAGUAACACUUCAUGUAAUGCGAAAUGUGCUGUUACAUGCACUUGAUGCUUGUAAAGCUGGAAGUAUGUCUGGAAAUGAUUCUUUUUUAGCUUGCACAGCAAUACGUUCCAAAAACUUACUUUCCUGUAAUAAAGAUGAUGUUGAAAGUUGUGCUCCAACAUUAGAUGGAAAAGCUAGCUAUAAGGAGCGAUCAAGAGCCCGUGACCCAGAACAACUACACAUGAAUUGUGUAUGGCAAACAGCUCUCAAGGCCUUGAUGGGAACUGAAAAUUUUGACAAGGAAAAAGCGACUUCUGCCAUGAAGGCAUCAUGGAACUACUGUUAUAAUGAUUUGAAACCUCUUGGACGAAGAUAUAUAGACUGGGAGGAAGGAGAAUAAAAUUCUUAUGAAGACAAUCAUUUCAGAUUUUUGGAUUCAGGGAAUAGUAAUCCUUCAGUUAUUUGUGAAUAGUGUUAAUUUUGUAAUAAAGAUGCUGAUCUAUUUGUAUAAAAUGUAGUUUCACAUAUUUGUAACUUAAUGAUGAUCAAUAUCUUUGUUUGUUUAUUGUCAUGUGAACAGCCAAGGUCCGUUUGAGGUGGGGUCUUAUUGUAGCAGCCGGUUGCUAUCUAGCUGAACAGUAUACAGGAGUCUCGUCACAUGCAAUUCAGAAUAAUAAAGGUAAAGUGUUCUGCACACAACCAUGAAAUCAGUCUGGUCCAUUUCAUAGCUUCCUGAGAUACUCCAAUCACCACAAGGUCUCUUUGAGGUGGGGUCUUAUUGUAGCAGCCGGUUGCUAUCUAGCUGAACAGUAUACAGGAGGCUCGUCACAUGCAAUUCAGAAUGAUAAAGGUAAAGUGUCUUACGCACACAAUAACCAUUACAUAAAAAGAUGGACACAACAACGAAAUCAGUCUAGUUCAUUUCUCAGCUUCCUGAGAAACUUGUGCCACCACAAGUAGGGAGUGCAAGUCACACACAUCGGAUCAUCAUCUAAGGUUACAUAGGGCAACACGCUAACCAACUGAACUAUUAUAGCCCCUAUGACCUGUAUGUCUUCAA